AUGGCUCUGGAGAAAGUCGAGGCCUUUUUGGCCAAGCAAAAGAAUUCGGCUCAAGGAGAAGUGGCGGAUAAGUGGCAAAAAUUGGAACAACUUUACACCAAGAAGCUUUGGCAUCAACUCACAAAGGAAGUUCUCACUUUGUUGAGUGAUGAGACCUUUUCUCGACGGCUUAAUUUGAAAGAAUUCUACGACAACUUUGUUAGCGAAUUUGAACACCGCAUCAAUUGCCUUCACCUUGUCGAGAUUUGCAUCCCAGUUGCUCGUUUCCUUUUCACCACAGAUAAACCCGAGGCGUUCAACUUUUUGGAAAAGAUCGAGAAAACUGUUGCCAAGGAUAAACAGGCAACAAUCCGUCUUCACACUGCUCAAAUCGAGCUUCGUCUGAAUAAUAAGGACCAAAAUGAGUGUUGUCUCGAUAUUCAAAAAGUUCGUGGAAUGCUCGAAUCGACUCAGAAAGAAAUUGAUGAUCUGGUUGGAGUCACGGAAGUGCACGCGCCUUUCUACAAAAUGAGCGCUGUUUACCUGAAAGAGAUUGGUGAUUUUGCUGGUUACUAUCGAGAAGCACUUCGUUAUCUUGGAGUCGAAGAUGCCAAUAAGCUUUCUUUCCAGGAUAAACACUAUCAAGCCGUCCUGAUCGGAUUUGCCGCCUUGCUCGGAGAGAACAUUUAUAAUUUCGGAGAACUGCUUGCUCACCCAAUUCUGAAGUCUCUCGAUGGUUCUCAGGAGAAGUGGCUAUUGGAUGUGCUAUAUGCUUUCAAUGAAGGAGACUUGAACAAAUUUUAUGGGCUUGAACGCUAUUGGGGAGGAUGGCCCGAUAUGAAAAAGCAAAAGGAAUUCCUUGUCGAAAAGAUUCGUCUGCUCUCAAUCAUGGAGAUUGCCCUUGCUCGUCCAUCCAAGGAGCGCAACAUUUCUUUUGGAGAAAUUGCAACCAAGGCUCAAAUUGAGACGUCAAAAGUGGAACAUCUUGUUAUGAAGGCGCUUUCCAAAGAACUUAUCCGAGGUGCCAUCGAUCAGGUGAAUCAGACCGUUCACAUCUCAUGGGUUCAACCACGUGUCCUUAAUGCUACUCAGAUUUUAUCUAUGGCCGACCGAAUAAGCGAAUGGUGCCGCGAUGUGGCCAAAAUGGAGAAUAUCGUCAAUGACAAUGCUAAAGAAAUCAUUCUCACCAAGUCG